UUUAACCCUUGGGUCCUCCCUUGCCUACACUGUGCUAGAACUGCUCUCUCUGACCAGGUCUCCUGUUUCUACCUGGUUGGUUGUGAACCUGCAUUCUCCACAUUUGUCCCGACUCUUCAGGUUAAUAACUGAGCCUCUCACUUGUCUUUGCUGUACCCCUUCAGCUCUGUGCAUUUUGGAAGGAAGAAUUGGAUAAGACUUCUCAGGAGUCUGCACAAUCCCUAAUGGCUCCCAGAUCUGCCAAGGAGACCUUCAGGAUAAACCCAAAUGUAGCAGCAAAUUUAUCAGCUCCUUCUGAUGUGAUCCUAGUAAGAGAUGAAAUAGCUCUUCUGCACAGAUACCAGUCACAGAUGCUGGGUUGGAUUUUGAUCACCUUGGCAACCAUUGCUGUCUUAGUCUCCUGCUGUGUGGCAAGGUGCUGCUCUCCCCUCACCUCUCUGCAACAUUGCUACUGGACCAGCCACCUCCAGAAUGAGAGAGAACUCUUUGAACAAGCAGCAGAGCAGCACUCUCGGCUCCUCAUCAUGCACCGCAUAAAGCAGCUAUUUGGCUUCGUUCCCGGGAGUGAAGAUGUCAAACACAUCCGUAUUCCUUCUUGUCAGGACUGGAAAGAUAUUUCAGUACCCACUCUUUUAUGCAUGGGUGAUGACUUGCGAGGCCACUAUAGCUCCCUUGGAAAUAGGGUGGAUGAGGAUAACGAGGAAGACAGAUCAAGAGGUAUUGAAUUAAAACCUUGAUUACAGCACCUUUCUUGAGUCACGUUGCUUAGUAGAUACUUGGCUUUUAUGAUCAGGGUCUUUCAAUGUAAUCUCUUCAUCUUUUUCUUUCUCUUCUGAUAUUUGUUUACGUAAGUCCAUCUCAAAUAUUAUUUCUAAAAUCAAUUUAUUAGAUGAUUGUGCCAAUCUCUCCUUUUGAAACUUUGCCAAUGGUCUGGUAAUGCCUAGAGUGGAAUAUGAAGUCACGUGGAAAUUUGCAUCUGAGUUGUGUUACUUAGUAGCUGUAUGAAAAUGAAUAUUUCUGCGUGCUAUUCUGUCAUCUGCACAUUGUAGCUACCUCCUAGAGUUAUUAUGAGAAUUAAACAUGAGAAUACAAAAUGUUCAGCACAGUGUCUUUCAUCAAAAUAGAUGCUAAUAAAUGUUACUUCCUCUCUCUUUCUUUUGCAUUCCAUGUCUUCUAUCACUGUUUUUCCUGCCUCCAUUUUCUGGUUUUAUCAGUUUCUACCUUUAUAUAAUAUCCAGAACUUUUCGCAGCCUCCCCCUCUUUCUUCAGACCUAAAUAUCUGACCUUUUGGGAAGCAGGACAGAAACCCCUUUCUAAUCCGGUAACAUGUGAGGGAGAAGCCCAUGCAGGAAGGUCUUGAGUUAUCCUACUACAACCUGGGGACAAUGAUAUAUUAUUGUAUCAUUAUUAGUAUCGUGUUAUUUGUAGCACCUCCAUACUAGGAGCAUUUUUAUGGCCACUACAUACGAUGUUUCUUCUAGAAAGCUUCUCCACUGUGCUCUACUACAGAGACACCAUUUGUACCUUUUCAUUACCAAAUUGCACCUUUGCCCUCCAAAUCCAUUUGUGAAACCAAAACUGCAAUCUGUACUUGUAUAUCCAUUAUCUGUAACUCCAAAAGAGAAUAAUUUCUGCCUGACAUUGCUCUGCCUGGCUUUACUAAAUGCAGCCUACAGUAUCUGGACAAUUUGCUAAUUUACCUAGAUUAUUUCUGUGAUAUAUAGUGACUCGUGCCUGAUUUUUGCUACAUUCACUGGAGCAACUUGCUCAUUAGCAAAAAUAAGCUAUCUGAGGCUGAGGGCUUCUAUUUAUUUCUUUAGUCAAAACAAUACUUACUGGACAGUGGACCAACUGCCAAUAGUCAAUCCAGUUUUCAAGAUUCACUUUCAAGGAGACCAAGGAACCUGACUAUACUAUCUAAAAUGCAAUCAAUUACUUGGUAAUCUACUUUUACACAAUUACGGAAGGUUCUAUUUUGUAUAAAGUUCUGGAAGAAGAAGCCGAAAAUGAUUUUUAAAGAAAUUGAAAUGUUUUCAGGUUUUGUUCUGUACUCCAACAAGAGACUGCAUAUUGUAGUUCUUUGCUGGGAGAACUGUCCUGCCCUCACCAUUACUCAUCUGUCAUCUGACCUAGGAAAAAAUCAGUCCCUCUCCCUGGGGUCUGGAUUUUUUUUUAUCUAUUCAGUAAAAAGGGAUGAUAAUGUUUUACCUCUUGGAAGAAAAUAACUGAACUAAAUAAGUGCUUAAGGUCUCUUUUACACCAAGUAUGAUUUUUAUGUUUAUGUUUAUAUAUAUACAGGUCAACAUGCAUACAGCGUUCUGAAAUGGUAGUAGACCCAGGUUACUUCUCCUGGAAGGAAAAUAUCCCCAACUCUGAAUCUGAGCUUUCUCUGAAGACAUUUACUGGCAUUCCACUUUUAAAAGAAUGUUAAUGUACUGACUCUUUUCAAGUCAUCAAGGAAAGCCAUUCCAGUUUGUCAACUAACUUUACACCCAGUAGUGAUAUGACAUUACACGAAGGAUGUUAAAAAUACAAAUAGAAGUACAUUGUGGAAGGCAACUAGGGUUGUAGUUUCACUCUGAUACAAAUGAGCUGUGUAAAUAUGGAAUGUCACUUCCAUUUUGUUCCCUAAGGUCUGCUCCAGUUCUAAUGCUCCAGUUCUAAAAUUCUGUUUCUAUAUACCUGAUAAUUUUUUAUAUCCCUCUGUAUUGGAACAUACUAGUUAAAUGGACACUUUCAACCACGCUUAGAAUUAAUUUAUUAGUUGUCAGGAACUAUACCACAGUAAAGACUCUUCAAUAAGAUUUUCGGUUAACAACAAAAUCAAAGAAUAUUUGAAGUUAUAGCAUUACAUCAUCAGAAAGAAGAUUAAUAGUUGUUUAUACCCUAAUACCAGGAAACUAUUUCCACUAGCUUCUGAAGCCCUUUCUACAUCAAACUCUUUUAGUGCAUGAUGUAAAAAUUUUAUAUUUUGAGCCAGUUAAUCAUGAUCUUCUCCUGUAACUUUCUGGCAAAGGAUUCUAAGUAUUCGUUGGCUCUUCUACAUGGCUUCAGAGUGAUUUAUAGCAUCUAUGUGAACACUUAAAAGGUAGUACACACCCCUGGGAUUUCAUCAUACAGUACAUUAUCUAUGUCAGAUCACAUAAAUUGAAUUUUUAGUUUUUUUUUUUUGGGGGGGGCUAUGGUCUAUAGCAUUUUUUGUUCCACAGCUAGUUAAAUAAAACUUUUUCAUUAUGAACAUGGUACUCCUUCCCCUUUAUGCUUAAUGGAUUUAUGUAAUUAUAAAACAUACAAUUAAAGUAAUUAUGUGCUAAUACUACUUUAUAUUUUGCUACCAAAUGCCUUUGGCUACCACAUCAAACCCUGGAGCUUGACAUAUAUAAACCUGCUCCUUUCUUAAUUUCAUUAGCUCCUCCACAGUGCCACCAUGACCUAAGUUGCCUCCUUCCCAGGAGACAAAUACAAACCCAUGUGUAGAUGUGUUUUACUCAACUUUCUUUGUUUUCCAAAGCUGAAUUGUAGAACCUAAUUUAUACUCUGUCCUUCUCUGUGUCUCUUUUCUCUGUUCUCAGUCUUCCAUUCAUUUUUUGUACAAAUUCUAUUUGAUUGUAAUAAACAACAGUGAGAUUUUACUA